CAAACUCCUUUGAAACCAAACCGACUAAACCCUUCCCCCAAAAUCCUCAACAAUGAGUCUCGAAGACGACGAUCAAUCACAAUCACAAUCAUCACAAGAUUCAGAAACAUACAUGGUAGGUUUCAUAAUCGCCAACAUAGUGGGUCUCCAAUAUUAUUCCGGCCGAAUAAGCGGCCGCGAAAUGGUGGGUCUGGUUCGAGAACCCCUAAACCAGUACGACCCAAACGCCAUCAAAGUGGUCAACACUCGAACCCAUCAAGUGGGUCACAUUGAAAAGAAGGUAGCCAGUGUUCUUGCACCCUUAAUCGACUCCAAUUUCAUUCAUGUUGAAGGGAUUGUCCCAAAACAGCCUAAUAAAGGAGUUAGGUAUAAAAUCCCAUGUCAUGUUCAUGUUUUUGCUAAAAUUGAUAACUUUGAGGUUGUAAAGUUUGCAUUUUUGGAUAAUGGGUUGUGUUUGUUUGUUGAGAAUAGUGUUAUGUUUAGUGGGUCUGAGGCUAAUGUGGUUAAAGAGAGGAAAAAGACUGAUUUGGAUGAGGUUUUUAAGUUGGUUGACCAGAAUUUGAGUCAAAGUGUUGUUGGAGAGAUUGAACCUCCUAAAGAUUUGAUUCUUGCUGAUCUUUUUACUCAUCAGAAGCAGGGUUUGUAUUGGUUGUACCGUCGGGAGAAUUCCGAUGAGUUGCCGCCGUUUUGGGUGGAGAAUGAUAACGGGUUUGUGAACGUGUUGACGCGUUACGAAAGUGAUAAACGACCUGACCCGUUACGUGGUGGGAUUUUCGCGGAUGAUAUGGGAUUGGGUAAGACUCUUACGUUACUAUCGUUAAUCGCUUUGGAUAAAUGUAAGGUUUCCGACGAUGGGAAGUGUGAAGUGAUGGAAGCGGAAAACGAGGAAUCGGUUAUGAAGAGUCGUAAGAGAUCGAGAAAGGGAAGUAAGAAAGAGAAAACGGAAGAAUGUACGGGCCGGGUUGGGUCGAAAAUGACGUUGGUUGUUUGUCCACCGUCUGUGUUUUCAACGUGGAUAACGCAGCUAACCGAGCAUACGAAACGUGGGAAGUUAAAAGCGUAUAUGUACUACGGGGAUCGAACGCAAGAUGUGUUUGAGCUUCAAAAGUACGAUAUAGUUUUAACAACUUAUAGCACAUUAGGUAGUGGAUUAGGUUCAUCAACCGAUCCAAUAAAGAAGAUAGAUUGGUGGCGUGUGAUAUUGGAUGAAGCGCAUAUAAUCAAGAAUCAUAGGGCGAAACAAAGUAACGCUGUGAAUAAGUUGAAUGCUAGAAACCGAUGGGUUGUUACAGGAACACCGAUACAAAAUGGUUCAAUGGACCUAUUCUCUCUCAUGGCGUUUUUAAGAUUUGACCCGUUUUCGACUAAAAGUUAUUGGGAUAGCUUGGUGCAACGACCUAUUGCUCAAGGGAAUGCAAACGGGCUCUCAAGGCUCCAGACAUUGAUGGCGACCCUUUCUUUGAGACGAACAAAAGAAAAGGCCGAGAUCGGGUUACCUCCGAAAACUAUCCAUACAUGUCACGUGGAGCUUUCUGUAGACGAACGGAAAUUGUAUGACGAGAUGGAAACCGAAGCCAAGAAUUUUGUUGCAAAGUAUAUUGCUAAAGGAAGCGUGACAAAUAAUUACUCUACGGUUUUAAGCAUCAUUUUACGUCUUCGCCAAAUAUGUACACAUACGGAAUUGGUCCCUUCAGAUGUUAGAUCGUCACUUUUGUCCUACAACUUUGAAGAUGCAUCCAACAAACCGGAACUUCUUAAGAAGCUAGUUUUACUACUACAAGACAGUGAAGACAUAGAUUGCCCGAUUUGCCUCUCGCCACCAUCCAAAAUAAUCAUCACAUCUUGCGCUCACAUCUUUUGCGAAAGUUGCAUAAUCCGCGCUAUAAAAAGUUCGAUAUCCGCAUGCCCAUUAUGCCGCCGCGGGUUAACAGAAUCCGACCUUUACUCACCACCACCCGAAUACGCCCCUGAAGUCGAUAAAUCCGGUUGUAAACCAUCUUCCAAAGCUUCCGCUCUUUUGAAACUGAUAGAAGCAUCUAGAACCGAAAACCCGUCCGUAAAAUCCGUAGUGUUUUCUCAGUUUCGUAAGCUCUUACUCCUACUUGAACAACCGUUAAAAGAAGCUGGAUUCAAGACGUUGCGUUUGGACGGUGCAAUGAAUGCGAAAAAACGAGCGGAUGUGAUUAAAGAGUUUGGUGAAUCAGGGGCGGAAGGGCCCACGGUUUUGUUAGCGAGCCUUAAAGCUUCGGGUACGGGGAUAAAUCUAACCACGGCUUCCACAGUGUAUUUGAUGGAACCGUGGUGGAAUCCGGCAGUUGAAGAACAGGCGAUGGAUCGUGUACAUCGGAUCGGGCAAAACAAGGCGGUUAAAGUGGUGAAAAUGAUUGCCAAGGAUAGUAUCGAUGAAAGGGUAUUGUUGUUGCAAGAAAAGAAACAGAAGCUGGCGAAAGAAGCGUUUCACAACAAGGGAAAAGAUGAGAAACGAGAGAUUGAUUUAGCGGAUCUUCGUACGUUGAUGUCGCUGUGAACUUUAUGUUUUCGCGUGUUCUCACUUUGGUUUUUGUGGAUGUGAUGAUUUAAAUGUGUCUGUUUUGAUGAACUAGUCGAAUACUUGUAUGUUUGGCGUGUUUCGAUAUGCACAUUGCUGAAACACACACUUCACCCGGUCACAUAAGUCGUUUCACCAGUAUACUCAUGGCGAUUUCUUUGUAAAUGGGCGUUGUAAGUUUGUA